CAUAAACUUCAUCAAUAGCCGCACCGGCUGAUGUCCGUGUCCGUCCUACACGUGCGCACCGGAGUGCAGCAGCCACGCAGCCACAGCUCGCUCACACUCGAGUCUUCCUCACAGGGACGAUGACUGGGAAUCACUGGGGAUACGGAAAAGACGACGGUCCGUCUAUAUGGCACAAAAACUUCCCCGUCGCUGAAGGGACCCGGCAGUCUCCCAUUGACAUCGACCCUCGUCAGGCUUCGCAUGACCCCAAUUUGGGCCCCAUUGUCCUAAACUACGACCACUGUACCUCCAUCAACAUCUCCAACAACGGGCACUCUGUAGUUGUGGAGUUUGAUGACUCUGAUGACCGUUCAGUGAUCCAGGGAGGCCCUCUUGACAACCCCUACAGACUGAAACAGUUCCACUUCCACUGGGGUGGAAAGGGCUGCCACGGCUCUGAGCACACAGUUGAAGGACAAAGCUAUGCAUCAGAGCUCCAUCUAGUCCACUGGAAUGCUGUCAAGUACAAGUCGUUUGGGGAGGCGGCGUCAUGUCCAGACGGCCUCGCUGUCCUCGGAAUCUUUUUAGAUACAGGUGACGACCACAGAUGGCUCCACAUGAUAACAGACGCUCUGUACAUGGUGAAGUUUAAGUCUAGUGUCACGGAUUUCAAACGUUUCAACCCCAAGUGCCUCCUACCCAGCAGCCUCCACUACUGGACCUACCCGGGAUCACUGACCACACCCCCUCUCCAUGAGAGCGUCACCUGGAUCGUCCUGAAGGAGCCAAUCACAGUUUCGGAAAAACAGCUGGGCAAGUUUAGAAUGCUUCUGUUCACUGGAGAGGAAGAGGAUCAGAGGAUGCGCAUGGAAAACAACUUCAGGCCUCCCCAACCGCUCAAAGGCAGGAAAGUGCGUUCGUCCAAUUAAUGUGACCUCAGGAGACCCUGAAGUCACAGACGACAGCAGCGGCUCUUCUUAGACAACAGUGAAUGCAUUUGUUUGAGUGUACUUUGUAGCCUCAUGGUAGCGUGCGGCAUCUCUGAUUUGCUUUUUACAGAAGGAGAAAAUUCAAGGAGUAAUUCUCAUCACUGCCCGCACAUUGAGAUGUUUUCCUUCUACUGGUCAGAAGCUUUGAGGGUAGAGGGUGGAAUCAGUUUUUGGAUUAUUUAGGAAAAAAUGAAAGGGAUACUAUGAUAUUAACACUUAGCAGUUUACUUAUUUGACUACUACGUGCUGGUGACAUUAUCUCAACGUAAUGGAUAGUAGAAAGUUGGAUGUUCAUUUGUGCCUCCAUAGACCAUAUUCACACGACGGACAUUUUCCUCUGAUGUCACGCUCAGGGCAGGAAGCUCAAACGCUGCCAGAAUGUUACGCUACUGUGUUCGUAUAAAUAGGGAAUCAGACAAAUUGUUAUCAUUUCACUUCCUGGAUAGUGAAUAUGUGAUACCCAUUAGCUAACAACUACGUCCUCAAUCCUUUCCUAAUGUAUCAUGUAACUUGUUUCGAAAAGUAACGUGAGCUAGGAAGUGGUUGAAUGCUUAGAGCAGCUGUUGUACAAUGUUGGCUAAGUGGUUAACAAACAUAUCGUUCGACCUUGACAUGCAGCUCAGCAUCCCUCCUGAUCUGUUUUCACUUGGUGAUCAAUCCAGAAGUGGUGACAUUAUAACAAUUCAUCAGAUUCCCUGCAUUUAUAGGACAUGAAACCUGAAACGCAGAAGUACGACAUGGCCACUGUGCGAAUAUGGUCUAUUGAUGUCCAGGGAAAACUUAGAGGUGCUAUUAUGUGUAACUGGUGAGUGUGUAUGCCAGUGAGUUUGUCACUGUUUGCAGGCUGUUAUCGCACCACUCUGCCGUCUGCAGAUUCACUUCCACAGGCGCUGCCUCCUUACUGAUCCCGAUUGAUCCCCCGUUGAUCCGGCCUAUUGCUGCUGGAUUCCCAGUCUUUGUGGCCACAGAUCCCAUUCAGUCCAACAAUCCCAAUUGGAGGUGGGAUUGGAUUAGUGCUGCAGUUGCUUAAAGUGCUCUGUUUGGCCAUGAUGGCGGGCAUGAAAGUCCACUAGUGGGGUGAUUUGUUAUUUUUAGCAUGCUGUCUAGAUUCAGCAAAGUCCUGUGUUCACAACUGUUUCUUAUUUGAGAUCUAUAAAACUCCAGAAGCGCAAACAAGGGCCCAAACAAAUUCAGUGUUCAGUCCAAUUGGUUUUUUUUUUGUUUCCUGAAUUUCAUUUUGCAUCCUGACUGUGGUUGUCACAUUUGCUGGUCCAGUGUUUCUGCUAUGCAGAAUCUAAUGCACAGAAAAACAGUCAGUAUGUAAAUGCCUGACGGAGGCCCGGGUAUCUCACUUGCUGGAUAUACGGCUGCUUUAUGUAAUGCAGUUCCUUAUUUAGAUGGACUUGGAUUUUACUAAUUCAGAGGUAUGGCAGGGAAAACAUUUUUGUUCCCAUACAGCACAAUGCAUACAGGAAGAAUGGCACGACGGCUGUGAUUGUUUUGUGUUGUUGAUGUGACACGACAACAUUAAAAGUGUAAUUUAUCAAUGGUUUGAAUAAUUAUGUGAUGCAUUCGAAAUUGUUGACAUGUUUUCUGAUGAAAUAAAAAUCUAAAAUAAC